AGCACCUGUUAUUCUUUAUUGCUCGAGUGUAAGUGGUUGGUGUUGCCUCAGAAAAUACGUUAUACAGGAAGUGACUUUGCAUGUGAUACUAUGAUUAUCUUGUGUCACUAAGCUUUGAGGCCGAGACAGUGGAUUGACUUCGUCAAAUACAAUAACAGAAGAAGGGUACAUUGUCUUGUCUGAUGCAAUGUCGUAUAUGUGACAUGGAAUUUUUAUCAAUCCACACAUUAUCCCCAUCUAAAUUAACUAUCAAUAAGUGCUAGUACAUAAAUCCGCUGGACUCUCCUUUUACUUCGUAUCCUAGAUCAUUUUCUCUUAACGCUACACCAAAAAGUGGCGCAUGGUAUAAUCAGAAUGUAAAAAUAGCAAUGCCCCCUCGCAGUCAUUUCUUUUCUUAAGUACUUGUGAAUAGCACGUGAAGGAGUGAAGAUUUCCUUACAGCCGAAUUAAAAAAGGACAAGGUUUAAUGAGCAGAGUUAAGAAGAACAAAACAAAAAAAAAAUAUAUAUAUAUAUAUAUAUAUAUAUCUUGAACCUGCGCCUUUUGAUAUAUUUUACCGGCAUUAAAUACUGUUAGUGUUACUAUCAAUGAUAAUGGAAUAAUACUUCCUGAGCGCGUUCUCAAUCAAGCUACCAGAAUAUCUAAGAGGCUUCAGAACUACAAUUGAUCUGUCUUCUCCUGAAAUACGGUUGUUCGUAUGAGUAAUUUUAUCUCGAGAAGAGAUACUGAAGGUAACCCCUUAAACAACAUCAAGUUCGUCCACGCAUUCGAGAUAAUGAGCAUCAUCCAUUUGAAUUACGGGAAAAAGCUUUAUCACUGAUGCUAACAGAGAGAUGUUGAAGACACUGAUGCACAAUCACUCACCUUGUUCAUUUAAAGAAGCGUCGAUGGCAGGUAAUAGUUCUUAUAUCCAAACUUAACAUUUCAACAAACCAAUCUUACUGUACUUGUAUAUGUCACAUCUGGUUGAUUGCUUGUACGAGUAAUAGCAUAUUAACGGCUUGGACACACAGUUCUUCAAUAAAGGGAAAAAGAGUCACUAGCAUCUGCUAAAAAUUGCGCCAAUAUAGAAGUUGAAAAUGGCUAUUAAUCCACCUUUGAGUGAGGCUGCCGGCUACGGCAUAGUGAUUGGCCUUGGUCUCGGCUUUGCAGCUAUAAUGAUUGUGAUUUCAUGGAUUCUUCAGUAUUUCAAUAACGAAACACAGACCUCGGAGCAUUUCAACACCGCUUCACACAGCGUACGUACAGGGCUAGUGGCUAGUGCAGUGGUGAGUAGUUGGACUUGGGCCUCUACUUUGCUUACUAGCUCCCAAAAAACAUAUCAGUAUGGCAUUUCAGGUGCAUUUUGGUACGCGUCUGGUGCGUGUGUACAGAUUCUUCUAUUUACUGUAUUAGCAAUUGAGCUGAAACGCAGAGCACCCGGUGCACACACUUUCCUGGAAGUAGUGCGUGUGAGAUGUGGAAGUUUUACACACAGCGUUUUUCUGCUUUUCGCCUUUAUCACAAAUAUAUUGGUUAUGGCGAUGUUACUUGCAGGCGGUUCUGCUACAAUUUCUUCAUUAACCGGUGUUGGUGUUCCCGCUGUUUGCUUUCUCCUGCCUGUUGGCGUUAUCAUUUAUACGAUGUUUGGAGGCAUCAAAGCAACGUUUCUUACUGACUACAUUCAUACGGUUAUCAUCCUGGUGAUCCUUAUUAUGUUCAGCCUUGCUGCGUAUGCAGGAAGCAGUCGAUUAGGAUCACCUGGAAAAGUAUGGGAAUUGUUAAAAUCAGCCGGCGAACAGCACCCUGUUGAAGGAAAUGCACAGGGUAGUUAUUUAACGAUGCGCAGCCGCGAAGGUGCUAUUUUUUUCAUUAUCAAUCUAGCGGGUAACUUUGGUACUGUGUUUGUCGAUAAUGGAUACUGGCAAAAAGCAAUCGCUGCUAAUCCCGCUUCAGCUUUGCCCGGGUAUUUGCUUGGGGGACUCGCGUGGUUUGCUAUCCCUUGGCUCGCUGCCACUACAAUGGGACUUGUUUGUUUGGCGUUAGAGAAUACGAGCUACUUCCCUACGUUUCCUAAUCGCAUGUCUGACAUGGAGGUGAGCGAGGGACUGGUUCUCCCGUAUGCUGCAGUUGCGUUAAUGGAAAAGACGGGGGCGAAUGCAACACUCCUUUUGGUUUUUAUGGCGGUGACUUCCGCUGCUUCGGCCGAACUAAUUGCUGUUUCUUCGAUUUUUACAUACGAUAUUUACAAGCAAUACAUCCAUCCAAGGGCGGGUGGUCGUGAGCUUCUUGGCAUGGGUCACAUUGCAUUAGUUGUGUUUGGGUUUUCCAUGUCCGGAUUUGCUGUCGGCCUGCAUUAUGCUGGUGUAUCUAUGGGUUACCUUUACCUUUUAAUGGGCGUGCUUGUUUGUCCUGCUGUUGUUCCCGCUUGUGCGAUAAUGCUUUGGGACAGAACCACACCCCUUGCGGCUGCGCUUAGUCCAGUUCUUGGGUUAGCAUCCAGUUUGGUUAGCUGGCUAGUUGUUGCUCGUUGCGAGGGUGGAUCAAAACUUACGAUUGAAACAACAGGAGCCAACAAUCCGAUGCUUGCAGGAAAUGUUGUCGGGUUAUUAAGUCCUGUAAUUUAUGUCGUGGUUUUAUCGUUAUGGAACCCUCACAAAUUUGAUUUUAAUCAAUUGCUGGAGUAUUUCCGGAUUGAUCAUGGUUUCGAUUAUGACGAAUUAUUGGAGGAAAGAAAGAUGAAACGUGCAGCCAAGCUUGCACGGAUAUCUGCUGUAAUAUCGACCUUGUUUUUUAUUGUUCUUUGGCCUUGGCCUAUGUAUGGCUCUGGAUACAUCUUCUCAAAAGGUUUUUUUACAGCAUGGAUUGUUGCUGGGCUAGUUUGGAUAUUUUUUACUGUCAUGGCGGUAGGUAUCUUUCCUCUAUAUGAGGGAAGGAAGGAAAUACUUAGGAUUUGCAAGGCUAUCAUUACGUGGACCCGCCCAUCUCUUCCGGUGUAUGAAGAUAAAGAGGUUAUUGAAGAGACUUGCGAAACUUCAAGUUUAGAGAAAAAGAAGGAACUUGCAGCUUGAGAUGGUAAUACACGUUGUGUUCUGGUUACCCUUUUAACAAGUAUUGUAUUUUACGAAUAACUUAAUGACAACACGCAUGAUAAUGAUUUUUAAUCCGUGCGUUUCAAUAUUCUUUUUAAUUCGUUAAAAAUGCAUCUAUAGAAAGGAAAUAUAUAAAGAUCGUAUACAUUCACUUCUCUGGACUAUUACAAAACCCUAAAAAUAUGGCAAGUGAAAUUUUAAGCACCAACUGUUCAUUGCAAAGGAUUUCUUGUAAAGAAAAAUCCGCAUUAUCAAUUACUCAUGCUGAAGAGGCAUUUGUGUAAAGCACUGUGCCUAUUUUGUUCUAUUUGUUGAUAAUCCCACUCAAGACUAUCUGUAUUUUAAAGUGUUCAAUAAAAAGAUCUACAGCGAGUCUUGAUUUACUGUUUAUGUGCUUGAAUACAUAAAUAUUAAUCUAUUAUAAGUAUAGGUGAAAGAGCAAAAGGUAAUUACUACUGUGCAACCCGAAUUCAUCAUAUACUUAGGAGCAAAACCCCAAAGGUCAUUCAAUUAAAUAGCUAAUCACAUGAUAUUUUUUCUACAGAAUCGCCUAUAUCGACAUUAUCCAAAGGUACAUGAUGCGAUUCCUUAACACUUUUGCAACCUAAGCGAAAUGUAGUCUGACGAUUUAUGUUGCCUUAUAUGCCUUUGCUUAACGGCUUUAUAAAGAACGACAUUAUAGUACGUACAAUAAUUUCAAUCUAAUUUUAUU